UGUUCUGAACGCUCAUGUAGUCGCCGAAUCCACCAUUGUACCUUCACAAGAAUACAUAGAAGAUACUCAGAAGUGCAGCGACCCGCUUAUCGCACUGCCCAGACAGGCCGAGCACCAAAAAGAGAAAUCUGACCGCGAUAAGUGCGUCCCACAUGGCCGGCACCGACGGAACGUGCGCCACCGCAUGUCCAGGGGCGCCUGAAUUUGGCGGCGCGUCAGACGCCGACGGUUCAUAUAGCGGCGGACGGCAUUCGCGCGUCUCUUGCCUCCUCCGGUCAUAGGCUCUUGCGCCUGCACAUUCUGACGCGCCAUUGCUCAAUUCAACGCGCUCACCGCUCUCCUCGACGUGCUCGACAUGCUCUCCGUCCUUCUCAGCGGUCUGGCGCUCGCUCAGGCGACGCUGGCGGCGAACGUAAACAACCUCGGCAACUUGGCACCCUACCACAAAGCGCCGGUGCCCGAGGGCUUGAACGAGACGCUGCCCGAGGACUGCACUGUCGAUCAGGUCAUGCUGAUGGGCAGGCAUGGCAGCCGCUGGCCGCUGAGCUCCGAGCUCGGGUACAUUGUGAACCUAACGGAGAAGCUCGCGACGAACUAUGAUUAUGUGCAAAAUGCCGAUUUGCCUGAGAGCAUGCUCUUCCUGAAGGAUGGCUACACUACUUCCCUUGGGCACGACAACCUCACCGCCCCCGGACGCAGACAACUCUUCAAUCAUGGUGUCGCUUUCAAGCUCAAGUACCCGGACUUGAACGCAACCACAGUUCUCGCCGGUGAUCAGGACCGGGUCAUCGAGUCCGCUCAGUGGUUCAGCAUGGGGUACUUCGGCAGGGAUUGGUUCACAUUGCAGGACACUGCAUUCGAGACCAUCGCCGAGGAUGAGGUCACGAUAUCGUGGAUUACCCCCAUGGAUACCUGCGCGAACUGGUCGUACACCAGCUUCGGCGUUGCUCCCGUCGACGAAUGGGGGGCAGUAUACCUCCCCAACAUCACCUCCCGCCUGAACGACCUUAUGCCAGGCCUCAAUCUGACCGACGACGACACGCACGGCGCACUCUACGCCUGCGCCUACGACUACGCCGCGUACGAGGUCUCGCCCUGGUGCGACGUGUUCACGGAGGAGGAGCUGGCGCAGUUCGAGUACGAGCUCGACCUGCUUAUGACUGGGGCCUUUGGUUAUAACCUGCCCAACCCCAUGGGCCCGACGAUCGGCUCGCUCUAUGUCAACAAGCUCAUCGACAGGUUCACGAAUGCUAGCGGCGAUGCUGUCCCACUAUAUCUGGAGUUCGGCCACGACACGACGAUUGACCUUGCCUUGACUGCGCUGGGUUUGGCGAAGGACGCUCCUCCGCUCUCAACGACGGCUAUGCCCGCUGAACGGAAUUGGAGGACCUCCAACCAGGUACCCUUCGCAGCGCAGAUGGUUUGGGAGAAAUUCUCCUGCAAGUCUUCCUUCGAUGGGCCGCAAGUUAGGCUCAUCCUGAAUGACUCGCCAUUCCCUUUGUCGACUUGCGCCGACUCAGAAGAGGACAGAACGUAUGGCUCUUGCGCACUCGAUGCCUUUGUCGCCGCAAACGGGUUCAGCACGACCAUCUCUUGGGGCGAUAGCGCAUGGAAUAAGACGUGCGGCGCGUCUGACUUCUAGAUAUAUGGUCAAGAUCUAUCUAACGCUGUUAAUACGAUCGAUCCUUACGAAUUUACGGUAGAUACAUAGGCUCUAUCACUUGCAAACACAUCAUCAUCUUGCGCUUCACCUGUCAGAGGUUUCCAUGACGUCGUUUAUAGAACAGCAUGUGACCGCUUUGGCCAAUAUCACGUG